AUGUUACACGCUGUUCAGUAUUUGACAGUGUUUUUAUUAUUCAUUGGUAUAUUCGAAACAUGUGCUGCUCAAAAUAGUGAUUUGAAUUAUCGUCUGCCAAAUAAUACAUACCCAAUACGGUACAAUAUCGAAAUUACAACUCGAAUUCACGACGAUACUAUCGGCAAUGAUCGUUUCCGUUUUGAUGGAAAGGUAACGAUACACCUGAAGACGAUCAAUGAACAAAUGUCUUUAUCGAACAGUAUUACUCUAAAUUAUCGUCAAAUAAAUAUAACACACGUGAAACUGUGGUCUAUUGUGCAAGAUAGUUGGGAAAUUGUUCUUUUGGAUGAUGAUGAAAGUUUUACUAUGGAUCCAGUGCGAGAGUUCCUAACAAUCCGAUCUCCUCAGCCCUUGAAUGGAACCUACUACUUAGAACUGAAAUAUACUGGUAUUCUUAGAGAGGAUAAUGCUGGAUUUUACCGAUCAUCCUAUCGUGAUGAUAAUGGCAAUAUCCGAUGGCUAGCGACAACCCAAUUUUCAUCAACUGAUGCAAGACAUGCAUUUCCAUGUUACGACGAACCUGGAAUAAGAGCCCCAAUUGGACUGCGCGUCAUCCAUGGUAAAACUUACUCGGUUCUUUCUAAUACUGAGCCCAUUGACAAUAGAGAUAGCAUUUUACAGGGAAUGGCAAUAACUACGUUCACCGAUUCGCCUAGCAUGCAAUCAUAUCUGCUAGGAAUUAUCGUGAGUGAUUUUAAGGCUACAUCACUUUCAAACUACCCAAGACAGCAGGCGUACGCAAGUCCAAUAAAUAUGAUAAAUUCUAAAGCCAACUUCAUAAUUGAAGCAGGAUUUAAAACACUUCGUUUGCUGGAAGGUUUCCUCGAGACACCGUACAUUCUGUCUAAACUCUAUCAUGUGGCCAUUCCAGAUUUUGCUCCUGGUGCAAUGGAAAAUUACGGCUUGAUAACGUAUAAAGAAGAAAACUUUUUUUAUGAUUCUGUAACGUCUCCAAUGAAACAGAAAAAGAAAAUAGCAACAAUCGUUGGACACGAAAUCGGUCAUCAUUUUUUUGGAAAUUAUGUCUCACCAGCUUGGUGGAGUUUUUUAUGGAUGAAGGAAGGAUUUGCACGGUUUUUUGAGUACACGGCAGCCCAAAUGGUGUUCCCUGAGUUAAGCAUUGGGAACUUGUAUUCUGUUGACAAAACCCAUAAUGUAUUUGAAAUAGAUUCACUCGUUUCCGCACGACCAAUGACUCAUUAUGUCAACACCCAAGACGAGAUAAGAAGUGUAUUCGAUGACAUUGCAUAUGAUAAAGGUGGAGCAAUACUAUUGAUGUUCUACAAUGCACUUGGACAUGAAGCAUUCCGCCAUGCGCUAGUACACUAUCUCCAUGCUAACGCACUACAAGCAGCAACUCCAGAACAAUUUAGUGAAGCUAUGCAAACGACCAUUUUCGAUUCGUUACCAACAGACACUUUGAAGUUCAAUGCUUCUUCUCUCCUCAAAUCAUGGACUGAACAAGCUGGCUAUCCAAUUGUACACGUUUCUCUUGAAAAACAGAAUUGCUCUUUAACGAUUCAUCAAGAAAGAUACCUGUUAAAAAAUAACGGUGAAACAAGUUCAACUACAGCAUGGAUCAUACCGAUUAAUAUUGCAACUAAAAGCCAUCCCAAUUUUGAAGAUACAACGGCAUCCGAAUGGUUGACAGAAACUUAUCACACCAUAAAUCCUACGAACAAAACGAAUUGGACUUGCGAUGAAUGGGUUGUGUUCAACAAACAACAAACCGGUUAUUAUCGGGUGAACUACGAUAACGAGCUUUGGUUAAAAAUUACAGCAGCUCUUUUAAACAAUAGUACCAUAUUUCAUGCUAUUAAUCGAGCACAGUUUAUAGAUGAUGCUCUUAACAAUGCACGCUCUGGGCGGCUUGAUUAUCAGGUGGCACUGCAUUUAUUGGGAUAUCUCUCAAAUGAGGUUGAUUAUAUUCCUUUGGCGGCUGUUGAUCGCAACUUCGCAUUAUUGGACAUUUUAUUAAAAGACACAGAUUCGUAUGUAUUGUGGCAUAAAUUUUGUUUAGAUUUGUUCGGACCCAUCUAUAAGCACAUGAGUAUACAAACUCAACCCCAAGAUACUUUGAUGCAACGAAUGGCUCGUGAAAUAACAGUCAGUUGGACUUGCAAAGUAGGCGAUCAGCAUUGUCUAAAUGCCACACAGUUCAUCGUCACCGAAAUAGCUGAAAAUCGUUUAACCGAUGCAGACCCAGAUCUUAGAGAGCCUAUAUUAUGUAAUGGACUACGACAUGCCUCAGAUGUUGUUUUCAAUGCCAUUUGGCAUAGAAUGCAAUCUUCGGGAGAUCAGGCAUAUCGUUCUGAACUUAUCCGAGCGCUUGGUUGUGUUCAAAGUGAACAUCUCAUCAAUCAAUUACUUAACAGUACAAUCGAAUCCAUCAAUGUAACAUAUUUUAGCCAAGAACGAGAACGAGUGCUAAUGGCAAUUUGUAGAAACGGAAAUCUGGGACUUUCAACGGCGAUACAGUUUAUACAUUCUCAUAUGGAUGAAAUAUAUGACCUCUACAAUAAGGGAAACUUUGGAGGGCGAGCAAUUAGCAGCGCUAUGAAAAACAUGGCAAAACUAGUAACAAGCGAAAAAAUGCACACACAACUGAAGGAUCUGAUGGAACAACUCCUAAAAAAAGGUUUUCUGCAGAUGCCUGAUAUGCUGCAAGCCUUAGAAAGUUCUAGCGAAAAUCUAAUGUGGCUUACCACGAGAGGCAUACAAAUUCAGCAUUGGUUAGACGAACAUUAUGCCCCCACAAUUCAAUCACAACCCACUACAGUUGAAGUAACCACUACUGCGAAAUCGACCGAAACUAGUAACAUUACAACGAUUGACAAAACUAUAUCUCUACCAUCUGCCGUGUCCACUACCAGUAUUGUACCAACUACAAAAACAUUUGCUCCGAAUGAUUCAAGCAGUACAGCAUUAUCAACAAGUAUGUCAACUCUGGCUGCUCUAACAUCCACCAAAAAUGAUGAAGACGAUGAAAGCAAUAAUGCUAUGCGGUUUUCAUUCAUCCCAUACGAAUCCAUGGGCAUUAGCUUUGCAAUGUAUAUCUUGUUGAAACUCUGUGCAAUUUAA